AGAGGUGCUGAUGCUGAUGCUGGUGCUGGUGCUGGUGAUGUCCUGUGCGCUGUGAGAGGAAGACCCGGGGAAAUGCUGCCAGUCAUCCGUUUUAUUCGGACACGAACAUACAAUCAUUGCAUCGCCUGCCUUCUGGUGAAGGGAUGGGGGGUCUCGGCUUUGUUUUGGGGGAAUGAAGCGGCGAUGAAGAACUGAUAGUCGCACAGUUACAUCCUCCCAUCGGUUUGGUCGGUGACAGAGAAAACGCGAUGGUAUCUACAAUGUCCGCGUUCCUCUAUCUGUGGAUAACGGUCUGCGCUUUGGGGAUCUGUCAGGGAUCUCUGCACCCGACCAUCGAGCAAUUUUACCUUCACAGACCAGAUGGAGGUACAUGUGAAGUAAUAGCAGCACACAGAUGCUGUAACAAGAAUCGAAUUGAGGAACGAUCACAGACUGUAAAGUGUUCCUGUCUGCCAGGGAAAGUAGCCGGGACAACCAGAGCCAAACCGUCUUGUGUUGAUGCUUCCAUUGUUAUUGGGAAAUGGUGGUGUGAGAUGAACCCUUGUAUGGAGGAAGAGGAAUGCAAGACGUUACCAGACAAUUCAGGAUGGAUCUGUGCUUCUGGCAAUAGAAUUAAGACUACAAGGAUGGAAGAAGUUCACCCCAAACUCUUUACCAGCUAAUCCACCCCAUGGCUAGGUUUUUCCGGGAUGAGCAGAGGUCCAGAUCACCGUCAGUCACGGCCUGUACACCAGAGAACACAUCGGGUUAUCAACCUCCAAUGGAGCCCUGAAUGGAAUAUUUUGGCGUUUUCAGAGGGAAUAUGGUGAAACUCUUGAGGAAGAGAAGUGUGUUUCAUCCUGGAGUGAUUGCUUGUUGCUUAUAUAAAAAAAGACAAAUUGGACUCUGGCUCCUCCAGUGUGAAAUAGAGACAUCGCCAAUCUCUGGCAGGACUCAGUUUGAUUUUCUGCAGGACUUGAUCCAGAGUCAAUUGACAGAAACAAGCAAAGGAUUGACUGGUUUGAGGUUGUGGCUCAUCACUCUCAUUGAUACGUUAUCUGGGAUGUGGACCACAUGCCCUUCAAAUUCUGUCUCUGUCAUCAGCGCAGCUUGUCAAGCCUUGUCCAAGGACAUUCAAAUAUCUGCUGAAACACAGGCAUCACCCAUUGUUUGAGAAGAUACUUCCUAGGUAGCUGGCACACCAGAACACCAGCAGCUCAUACAAGCUUCAAGCUCUGAGGCUCAGCAUGGAAUUUAGUCAAGCGACACUCCAUCCGAAAGCACUGUACUGAACUAAGGCACAGAAUGUAUGUGAGAGAUAUCCUGCAAGGAAACAUCAUGGGGGGGUUUGGGGAGGGAAAGAAUGGUGGCUUCAUUUUCUGUGACAGAUGUUAAUACUGUAUAUUGUAAAGCAAUCUUGCUGCUUUGGAGAAACCAGCACUUAUAAAAUUCCUACAAAUAUGAGAAAAGGGUUUAACAAGCCAAACACUAUUCAAAUCUCACUGUAAAUCAACACAGUUUUAAAAAAAUCCAAAUGAAAACGUUACUUAAAUCUAGUUGAUUAAAGAAGGUUACAAAAUAUUUCAAGGUUUGUUUUUAUGUUUCUUAUCAGCAGCCAAGUCUUCUGUGUUAUUGUAGUUCUUAGACAUAGAAAUGCAGCCACAAAAUAUACAGCCAAUUCAUUUUACAGAAUAUCCUUUGA